CUACUUGGUGAUGACGGAAUAGGUAUAAAGAUCCUUAAGAUUGCCGCACCUACAAUAGUACCCUCUCUCACAAGAGUACUAAAUUUGUGCCUGACCAAGAAACACUUCCCGAGAGCAUGGAAAAUAGCGAAAGUUUCACCAAUUUUUAAAGGAAAUGGAAGCAGAAACGAUAAAGAAUGCUUUCGCCCAAUAUCAGUACUCCCAAUUCUUUCGAAGCUGUUGGAAAAACUGAUCUGUCGUUCAAUGAACAAAUUUCUUCGUGAAAAUAACAUCCUACAUAAAUUCCAGUCUGGUUUCAGGAAAACAUUCUCUACCGAAACAGCGUUAGUAAGACUCAUAGACCAACUUUUAUUUGACCUUGACAAAAACAAUGUCUCCGGAAUUGUUUUUGUGGAUUAUAAGAAAGCGUUUGAUCUAAUUGACCAUCAACUGUUAUUACAAAAACUCGAAGUACUCGGUAUUGGUGAUGAUUACCUUCCUCUAUUUACUAGUUUUCUGAGCGAUCGAAAACAGUAUGUAAACGUUAAUGGAUGCCAUUCUACGACUGAAAAUGUAAAUUUCGGUGUUCCGCAAGGAAGUAUAUUGGGACCUGUGCUGUUUCUGAUAUUUAUUAAUGACUUGCCGACUGCUCUGAAGAAUUCUACAGCUGAUAUAUAUGCGGAUGAUACUACAAUUAGUUACUCUGAUCAUUAUAAUAUUUCACCUCAAGCUAUUAGUAAUGGCAUCCAGAUGGAUAUGAAUGAACUACAAAAUUGGUCGAAUAAAAAUCGAAUGACACUAAACAAAAGAAAGACGAAAUCUAUGCUCAUUACAGGAAAACGGCUAGAUAAAAAGCUGGAAAGUUUGGAUUUGCAAAUUGAAUUAAACAACACUACUAUUGAACAAGUUGAUGUUUUUAGUUUGCUGGGACUAAAGAUAGAUAUGAGAUUGACAUUUGAAUCGCAGCGAAUUGGCGUCCUACGAAAGAUCAAUGUUUUUCUUCUCCUCGAGCAGAGAAUUCUCUACUACAACUCUAUGAUUAAACAACUGAUGAUGUAUGGCUCAACUGUGUGGUCUGCGUGCUCUC